UUUCGUCACAUGACUUCCUUACGCCUCGGCUACCAACAUGGCUUCCGAACAGUUACCUUCUGAAUUUGACGUCGUCAUCCUAGGAACAGGCCUUGUAGAGUCUGUGGUGGCGGCAGCAUGCUCUAGAGUCGGCCAAAGAGUUCUUCAUCUUGACAGGAGGAGUUACUAUGCUGGGAAGUGGGCAAGUUUCACAUUUAAUGGCCUCCUCUCCUGGAUAGAAGAGCAAAGUAAAAUUACCGCCAGUGAAGAGCACGAUUGGUCGAGUCAGUUGGAGGACGGCGAAGACCUGAUCGGCCUGACAACAGGAGAUGUCUCCCAAGUAACCAACCUCCAGGUUUUCAACUACACCAGUGAAGAAGAGGAGCAAGUCCCCUCCUUGGAGGAAGAGGCAAAGGAAGAUGAAGAGGAAGAUGAGGGUGGAGCCGACCAGACUCCAGCCGGAGAGACGCAGGAGGAAGGAGCCCCCUCUAGUGAGUCCGAGGUGAAGGAAGAGAUAAACACCCCAGCACAAAAGAGCCAACCAGAGAAGAGCAAGAAGAGGCUGACCUACGCUGAGCUGCUGAAGGAGGGCCGGCGCUUCAACAUCGACCUGGUGUCAAAGCUCUUGUAUUCCCGUGGCGCCCUCAUCGACCUCCUCAUCAAAUCCAAUGUCAGCCGCUACGCAGAGUUCAAGAACGUCAUCCGCAUCCUGACCUGUCGCCACGGAAACAUAGAACAGGUUCCCUGCAGUAGGUCCGAUGUGUUCUCCAGUAAGCUCCUCUCGGUGGUGGAGAAGAGGAUGUUGAUGCGCUUCCUGACUUCCUGUCUAGACCGGGACACGCCCCUCCUCUACCAGGACUUUGCUGAAAGACCGUAUUUGGAGUUCCUUCAGUACCAGAAGCUGUCUGAGAACCUUCAGCACUUCCUGAUUCACUCCAUCGCCAUGACAACGCCGGACACUCCCACGGCUGCGGCCCUGGCGGCAACACAGCACUUCCUGAAAUGCCUUGGUCGCUAUGGAAACACCCCCUUCCUGUUUCCCCUGUACGGCCUGGGAGAGAUCCCCCAGUGCUUCUGUAGGAUGUGUGCAGUAUUUGGUGGGAUCUACUGUCUCCGACAUUCGGUCCAUGCUCUGGUGGUAGACAAGUGCAGCAGCAGGUGCAAGGCAGUGAUUGACAGCACGGGGCAGCGAAUCAGCUGCAGCCAUUUGGUGUUGGAGGAGGGCUGUUUUACCCAGACUGCCCCGCCCACCAGGUGUGUCUCCAGAGCCGUCCUGAUCACUGAUGGAUCAGUUUUACCCACCGAGGCCGAGCAACAGGUUUCCAUAGUAACCAUUCCUUCAGAGUCGCCCGUCCGAAUGGUGGAGCUCUGUCCGUCCAGCAUGACCUGCAUACCAGGAACACAUCUCGUCCAUCUCACCUGUCAGUCAGUCGGCUCCGCCUUCGAAGACCUGUCGCCCGUGGUCAACAGGAUGUUCCGGACACCAGACUCUGAUCACCCCGAGCCGCGCCCAGAGGUGCUGUGGUGUUUAUACUUCAACAUGCCGGAGGGCUUGGAGUCAGAGGGCGGCGAGCUUCCCCCCAACGUGUCCGUCUGCCUCGGCCCGGACGGCUCCCUGGGACACGACGGCGCCAUCGCCCAGGCUGAGCUGAUCUUCCAGAAGAUUCUUCCUGGAGAGGAGUUCUGUCCCCCUGGCCCCGCUCCUGAAGAUAUCCUCUACCAGGGGGAGGAGCCUGACGCUAGCCCCGCCCAACCAGGGGAGGAGCCUGAAGCUAGCUCCUCCCAACCAGGGGAGGAGCCUGAGGCUAGCUCCUCCCAACCAGGGGAGGAGCCUGACACGGGCACCUCCAACCAGGGGGAGGAGCCGGAGGCUAGCUCCUCCCACCAGGGAGAGGCGGAGGCUAGCCCCACGUGUAAAGGGGAGGAGUCUGAAACUAGCCCUUCUCAACAGGGGGAGGAGCCCGAUGCUAGCUCCUCCCCCUGUACGGAGGAUUCUGACACUUGCCCCAACCAGCUAGAAGAUGGGACACAGGGCUGACCGACACAUUACAAGACACUCGAAAUAUAAUCAUAUCGUUAUAGACAUAUCUAUGCAUCAUAUAUCUAUAUAGGUGCAUGAUAUAUAUCUAUAUCUAUGUAUCAUAUCUGCUAUCCUUCUGACCCUAUAUCUAUGGAUAUAUGGAUGCCAAUAUUCAUUGAGAUGCCUUCAGUUUGCGUAUUUGUUGUGCCUCUUCUGCAUGUUGUCCUGUUUUACUGGAAUAAAGUGAGGUCGCCAUAGCAACAUGUC